GUUUCUCCCCGCCAUUUCAUCAACGCUCGUCUCCCCAAAUUGCCCUCCAAUAUAUGUGAAAUGAAGAACCGCCCACGCCUUCAUCUCUUUCUCAAUUUCCGAAAUUCUUCCUCGAUUUCCGCUUCCGACUUCCGACUUCAUAAUUCAGUUUUCAUUUUCCGAUUCUUAGGGUUUUCCACUUUAAUCAGCAAGCAAUGCCGGUGAAUCUGACGGCGAACGCCAUAUCGGCGAUAAACGGCGGCGACGUUAAUUCGAAGCCACUGGUGCAGGUGUUGGACAUCAAGCUCAUUGGCUCCACGCAGGAGCGCUACCGCCUCCUCCUCUCCGAUUCCGUGGCAACUCAGCACGCCAUGCUCGCCACUCAGCUCAAUGAUCGGGUGAAGACCGGCGGAGUCCGCAAGGGAUCGGUCAUCCAGCUCAUCGAUUACAUCUGCAGCACUGUCCAAAACCGCAAGAUCAUUGUGGUACUAAACAUGGAAACAAUUAUUCCUGACUGUGAUGUAAUUGGCAACCCAAAAAUGUUCUCCGAAGCUGAUUCAGUGCCUCAAAAGCCAGCACCUGAUAUGCCUUCUGGACGACCAACAUCAAUAAAAAAUAAUAAUGUUGGUGUGCAAACUUCAGCACUCGCAAGCUUUAGCCAUGUAAAAACUUCAGGUUUCCAGAAUCAAGGCAGCAACACUCAGAGUUUCCGUCCCACUGUACAGCCAUCAUACCAACCUCCUCCAAAUUAUAAAAAUCAUGGGGCAAUCAUGAGGAAUGAGGCCCCAGCACGGAUUAUCCCUAUUGCUGCUCUGAAUCCUUAUCAAGGUCGAUGGGCCAUCAAGGCACGAGUGACAGCAAAAGGAGAUCUUCGACGGUACAACAAUGCAAGAGGAGAUGGGAAAGUAUUCUCCUUUGAUCUCCUAGACUCAGAUGGAGGGGAAAUCCGGGCAACAUGCUUCAAUGCCGUAGUUGACCGUUUUUAUGAUACUAUUGAAGUUGGGAAAGUCUAUGUGAUAUCUAAGGGUAGCUUGAAACCUGCCCAGAAGAAUUUCAACCAUCUGAAGAAUGAGUGGGAAAUAUUUUUGGAAACGGCAUCAUCAGUGGAUCUUUUUCCAGAUGAAGAUGCUUCAAUACCAAGGCAACAGUUUUCAUUUAGACCUAUUAGUGAAAUUCAACAUACCGAAAGCAAUUCUAUACUGGAUGUAAUUGGUGUUGUAGUAACUGUAAAUCCUUCUGUUCCUAUCUUGAGAAAGAAUGGAAUGGAAACACAAAGGAGAAUUCUGAACUUGAAGGAUCAAUCUGGGCUUAGUGUUGAGCUGACAUUAUGGGGAGAAUUUUGCAACAGGGAAGGACAGCAGUUGCAGGAAAUGGUAGAAACUGGUAACUUUCCCAUUUUAGCUAUCAAAGCUGGAAAGGUUAAUGACUUCACUGGGAAGUCUGUCAGUACCAUCUCCGCGACUCAGUUAUUCAUAAAUCCAGACUGUUCCGAGGCUAACAGCUUAAGAGACUGGUUUGAGCACGGUGGAAAAGAGAUUGCUUCUCAUUCCAUAUCUAGAGAAGUUAUGCCUGGUGGAUCAAAGAAUGAAACACGCAAGACUUUGGCACAGAUAAAAGAUGAAGGGCUUGGGAGGUCCGACAAGCCGGACUGGAUCACAGUUAAGGCAACCAUAUCUUUCAUUAAAACAGACAAUUUCUGCUACACAGCUUGCCCGUUGAUGAUCGGUGACAGGCAGUGUAACAAGAAAGUGACUAAGUCAGGGAACUCUAGAUGGCUAUGUGAUAGGUGUAAUCAAGAAUUUGAAGAGUGUGAUUACAGAUACCUACUUCAAGUCCAGGUUCAGGAUCAUACUGGGUUGACAUGGGUGACUGCUUUUCAGGAAACUGGUGAAGAGAUAUUGGGUUGCUCAGCCAAGGACUUAUACCUGUUAAAAUAUGAAGCUGAAAAUGAUGUCAAAUUUACUGAAAUUAUUCGGAAUUGUCUUUUUACGGAGUUUCUCCUUAGGCUUAAAAUCAAAGAGGAGAUUUAUGGUGAUGAACAGAGGGUGAAAAUCACAGUUGUGAAGGCAGAGAAGGUGAACUAUUCUGAAGAAAGUAGAUUUCUGUUUGACAUGAUCCCAAAGUUUCAAUUGCGUUGAGAAAUAGAACAACAACUCAAGUGUUUGUUGUUUUCUGUAAUAUUUUUCUAGGAAGAUAUUAACCCCUAGCAUUGAAACACCAGUUUAAGUUUGAUAUUAGGGAAUUUUUCUCAUUUAUCGUAUACUUAAAACAUCUGUAUACGGCAAUCACACAUGUAAUUCAUCACAUGUUAAACUCCAAUUGAGCUGUCCUGUGGGUGUAUUCGAUUCAAUUUCCAGAAUAAUGUCAUAAUCUUCUUCACUUCUGCUGUGAGACGAGCCAAAAGCAGUUCUUCAUGUGUUCCGUUGGUUGAUGAAGAAAUUUUGAGCAGGCAUUUGUUUUGCUGUAGAUGUUGGUGUAUGUUAAGUUGCAUCACUUAAGUUGAUGAAUUCCUCCUAAUAAAAAGAAAAAAAUUUCUUAUCCGAAAGUCGUCUUUUUAUUUUAUCUUACUGCGGGUGCCAAGAAUAGAUUGGUAAAUUGGGGUGGCAACUGCGAGUUUGUAAUUGAUCUAUAUCACGAACAGGUUUCUAUAAGAAAUAAGAAUUAAAGCUAAGAGAAACAACAAUUACUCUUUUUUCACCAAAAGUAAUGAUGAUGACAUUGACAAAUUUCAUAGAUACACAUAUGGAAACACAUCGAACACAAAAAGCAAAUCUUCUCAGCUCCGCUUGACAGGAUCAAAGUUGGCCACACCAAUCACAGCUCCAACAAUGGCUGUCAGCACAACACCUCCGGCCGCGAU